GUGGUGUUUUGUCUUGUCUUCUAAAAAAUAUAUAGUUGAAGACAGAAUAUUUUUAAUUAAAAAACAGUACAUUAAAACAAGAAUAAACAUAUUAUAAAUACGUUCAGUAACAUUUGUGAUGGCUUUAUCUGUAGUGUGAUUUGUAAAUAAGCCUUAUUUACGUCGGUCCUAUUUUGCCAUGUUUAUAACCUCACUUUGGUGUAUAAAGUUCAUUAAAAUCAGAUUUGAUCUUAUAGUGAAUAAAAUAAUUCUAUAGACAACUAACGUCAUCUAAAGGAAACAGUUUUUGUGCAGAAAAACAAUUGCCAAUGAAUGAAUUUAUUUUACUAUAGUUAAUUUUCAAGGGCAGAAGGUGUUACUGACAGUUAUGAAUGCAAAGUAGUAACAUGGAAGAAGUUGUUUCACAUCAAAAAGAUGGAAAAGACAACGAUUCAUCAACUAAAGAUAAACUAUUUGACCCUUCGGUUGAUAUGCUAGUGAAUGAUUUUGAUGACGAGCGAACACUUGAAGAGGAAGAAGCCCUAGCAGCAGGAGAGUCGCAAGAUCCAAAUGCAGAACUAACAAGUUUACAAAAGGAAAGUAACAUGCCCCUGGAAGAGCUUCUAGCUUUGUAUGGUUAUCGAGGAGAAAAUCAAGAAAACGAAAGUCCAGAAGAAGAAGAAGACGACGAAGAAGAAAGUCCAGAAAUGUCGGAACCAAUGGAAGAACAAGAAAGCGAACCUUCACCGCCAGAACAACCUUCCAAGUUGAGGGUACUAUAUGAACCAAUCCCUGAUAAUGACCAAGAUGCCUCCCGAUUAUUACGUUCUGUCUCUAGAGUUAGUGAAGAAGAGGAGGAAGAUUAUGACUACAGUCCAGAUGAAGACGAGUGGCGAAAGACGAUUAUGGUUGGUAGUGAUUACCAAGCACAGAUUCCUGAAGGUUUAUGUCAUUAUGAUGAUGCUCUUCCAUAUGAAAAUGAAGACAAACUUCUAUGGGAUCCAUUAGAAAUCUGCGGUGAAACAGUUGAAGAUUUUUUGAAGAAAGCUUCUGCCAUCACCAAGCCCCCCAUUCCGAUGGGAACUCAACUUCGAGAUGAUGAACAGGCCUUAUAUCUGCUCCAGCAAUGUGGACAUAAUGUAGAUGAAGCUUUACGUCGAUUAAGAAUGACGAUUCCUACUAACGCCACAGAAACGAUGAAUGAGUCCCUUUGGUCUGAGGAGGAAUGUAGGAAUUUUGAGUCUGGUGUACGUUGCUUUGGAAAAAAUUUCCACCUCAUUCAACAGAAUAAGGUUCGGACGAGAUCAGUGGGAGAAUUAGUUCAAUUCUAUUACUUAUGGAAAAAAUCGGAGCGACACGAUAUUUUUGCAAAUAAGGCAAGAUUGGAAAAAAAGAAGUAUGCUUUACAUCCCGGCCUGACCGACUUUAUGGAUAGAUUUCUGGAAGAUCAGGAUAGUAGAGAUCGUAGUUCAUCUCCCAAUGUUCAGUGUGGAGGGAAUGGUAAACCGCCUCCAGAUACUUGAUCUCUAUUAUACAGCUACUGGUUAUAUAAAAAUAAGCAAGUUGACUAGAUUACAAAAUACUAAUAAGUCAAGGUAAGAAGUGAAGAUUUUAUGCAGCACUCUACGCGGCUCUUUUUAUUGAUCCAGAUUUGCAGUGUAUUUUAUUUGGAAAUUGAUAGUGUGUGGGUGAAUAUUACGAAUACAUAACAAACAGAACAUUUACGAAUAUUAUGAAUAUUGUGAACAUAGAAUUUCAUAUAACACAAACAUUCUUGGGAAUUCUAGUGCAGUAAUUAACUUUCUGCAUAGACUCGUGUAUUAUGUAAUUUCUUAAAAUUAAUUGCUACUACUGAAAUUAUAAUUUAGUACAAAUAUUUAGUAUUUAAUAUAUUACAGGGAUGUAAAGUGACAUACAAUUUGAUUUAAUUUAUUUAAUAUAAUUGCAGUGACUUAUAUUUUGCUAAAUAUUGCCACCAAUUUGUAUUAGAAAUUUUUUCUUACAAUAUUAUUUAAACUACUGUGAUAAAUUUCUUGAAAAUUUUAAUUUAUAAUUUUAUCAUUUUAUCAUAUUUAUUUUAAUUUUUUGGUAUUCCAUAAUUGUAAAUACAACAUUAGAUAAGGAAUUAUGGUCUAACUCGCAAAUGAAGACACAAUUUUUCAUUAUUAUAUUAAUUAUUUACUUUUAUUUUUUUCUACUCUAA